AUGGCGAUGAUUCCGGAGUUGGUCUCACGCCCUUGUAUGGAUGGCGAUGGGGGUCUAUUGCUGGGCUUACUCCUUGCGGUCAUUGAGACCUCUAUCUCUGCGACGGCACUGGUGACUAUAGGCCGGUACUUCGAAGACUUCCCGAACUCGACCUGGGUCAUCCUGUCGUAUUUACUGGGCUACUCUGGAUUUGCUAUCGUCGUGCCUCGCCUAAGCGAUAAUAUCGGGCGGCGACCAGCUGCGAUUUUCUCGUGGACACUCUUUAUGGCCUUCUCACUAGGUGCGGGACUGUCAAAAACUCUUCGUCAGCUAAUUGUCUGCCGGGCUCUCCAGGGCGUUGGAGGUACCGGUAUGUUCUCCAUGACAAUGAUCAUGUUGCCACAGAUCACACCAGUCAAGCGGUGGCCGAUCAUGAGCACGUGUGUAGGGCUUGUGUUCGCAAUCGCGUCUGUCUCAGGCCCUGUGCUUGGUGGUGUAAUCACCGAGUAUUCUACCUGGCGCUGGAUCUACUUGUACAACGCACCUAUCGCGUCGGUAGGAGUGCUACCACUAUUAUUUCUUUGGCCAACCUCUGCUACGUCCAACAGACGCCCUGAUUGGAAGCACUUCGAUUACUUUGGCGCGCUGCUCCUCAUCACUGCCUCGAGCCUCAUCAUAUUCGUUCUCAACCAAGUCGGAGCCGACUUCUACAGAUGGCAAGACCCACUCAUAAUCGUACUCACUACUGUGUCUUGUGUCAGCUGGUGCAGCUUUGCUUUCUGGGUAGCCUUCUGGUCCUUCAAGGUUCCACCAAGGAUCAACCCAAUCUUUCCUGGGGACCUUGCAGCACGGACACCACAAGGUCCUACCCUGCUGACAGCGGUGCUGUCGGGCUUUCCGUAUUUCAUCUCGGUUAUAAAUCUGCCACAGAGAUUCCAGCUUGUGAAUGGCCAAUCGCCCGUUAGCGCAGGUCUGCGGCUUAUGCCGUUCCUGUCAUUCUUCGCUGCUGGCACUGCUGUUGCCGGCAAGCUCAACGGCAAGAAAAACCGCACCCCGGAAACACUUAUAGCAGGAUCUGUCAUCACAGUCAUCGGCUGUGGCUUGUUGUCAACUCUCUCAAACACAGCUAAGAUAGAAGCAAAGCAGUAUGGCUAUCAAGUCCUGCUUGGCAUGGGCAUCGGCUUAUGCUUUGCUGGCUCGAUGAUGCUUAUCAACAUCGAAACCAGAUCUAACCAGUUGGCCGCCGCACAAGGCGCCAUCAGCCAAGCUCGAGUCCUUGGGGGCAGUGCAGGGCUUGCCAUGGGCACCAUCGUGCUGAACAAGAACAUCACAAGGCUGCUUGGGGGCCUCGUGUCUCCUUCACAACUGCAGAACAUACGACACUCACUAGCGAGUAUUGAGAGUCUGGAUACUGCAGAAAGGCUCUUGGCAGUGGAAGCCUUCUCGGAGGCUUUCAGCACCGAAAUGCGAAUCUGCUGCUAUGUGUCGAUUGCGACUGUGCUGACUAGUUUGGCGACUUGGAAAAGACACAAGACGCCCCUUCCAGUUAAUGACUAG